CUCUCCUUCCUUGCUCAUCGUCGGUCUCCGGCGACAGAAUUGAUCGGUUCUUGUUUUAAUUCUCCGCAGCGAUUAUGCUUCGUUUCGCCGUUCUUCUUCUUCUUCUUGUUCUUUUCCUGUGCUGUUGUUUCCAUGGAGGGGAGGGCGCGACGUUCACAUUUGUGAACAAGUGCGGCGAGACAGUGUGGCCGGGGAUUCUCUCCAACGCCGGUAGGCCCCGGCUGCAGACCACGGGCUUCGAGCUGGCCUCCUCCGCGUCUCGCGCCGUCGUGGCCCCCGGCGGCUGGUCCGGCCGGUUCUGGGCCCGCACCGGCUGCUCUGCCGGUGGCAGCUCCGGAGGCUGGAGCUGCGCCACCGGGGACUGCGGCUCCGGCCGCGUGGAGUGCGACGGUGCCGGAGCCGCCCUGCCGACGACGCUAGCGGAGUUCACCCUGGCGUCGGCGGCGGCGGGGCGGGAUUUCUACGACGUCAGCCUGGUGGACGGCUACAACCUGCCGGUGCUGGUGGAGGCCAGCGAUGGCCAGGGGUGCCCCGCAGCCGGCUGCCUGGUCGACGUGGGCCAGCGCUGCCCGGCGGAGCUGCGGGUGGCGGGGCAAGGCGGCGCGUGCCGCAGUGCCUGCGACGCCUUCGGCAAGCCGGAGUACUGCUGCAGCGGCGCCUUCGCCAGCUCGGCCACCUGCCGGCCGACCGUCUACUCGCAGGUCUUCAAGGCGGCGUGCCCCAAUUCCUACAGCUACGCCUUCGACGACCCCACCAGUAUCUUCACUUGCUCCGGCGGCGCAGACUACACCAUCACCUUCUGCCCUGUUUCCGUUCCAAGCGUGAAGUCAUCAAGAAAUUCUUCUUCCUUGCCGUCAUCAACUUUCGCAACAACUAGCAGCGGCAGUAGUUCGACGUCAACGUCAAGGCCGGCGGACGGCAUGAUGCUCGGCGGCGACGAUCCUUGGCUCGCAAAUCUGGCCACCGACGACGCAAUCCCCUCGGCGAACAGCCUCUCGUUCUUGUGCCACGCAUUAAUCCUCGCCACAACGGCGUGCGUGGCUCGAUUUCUGCUGCUGUAGGCGAUCUGAUUCAACUGUUCAUGUAUCACAUUAACAGGAGAAAUGUAUCAGAUUCUUUUAAAAAAAUUAAUCAAAAAUCAAAAGGGUCGCCGCUC